AAAAAGAAGCACAUUUUUGAAAACGCAAUGAAAGCCCACGUGCUCCAUUCCGCCGCCAUUCAGGCGCGUGCACGCAGUCCGCUUCCAGUUCAAGAUGGCAGCCACCAUGAAGAAAGGAGUGGCAGCUGAAGAUGUCAAUGUAACAUUUGAGGACCAGCAAAAGAUCAACAAGUUUGCCAGGAACACAAAUCGGAUGUCUGAACUUAAAGACGAAAUCGAGGCCAGAAAGAAAUCCGUACAGAAUCUGGAGGAUGCCAGUGAUGACCUCAUGAUGUUCGAGGACGACGCACUGCUUAUCCCGUAUCAGAUCGGAGAUGUGUUCAUCAGUCACUCUCAAGAAGAGACGCAGGAAAUGCUGGAGGCUGCGAAGGAAGCUCUGCAGGACGAGAUCAAAGCUCUGGAGGGUCGUGUGUCUUCCAUACAGGGGGUCCUUGGAGAUUUGAAGGUUCAGUUAUAUGCCAAGUUUGGAAACAACAUCAAUCUAGAGGCAGACGAGAGCUGAGACCUCAAACAUGUGGACUUGACCUCACAGACUGUCAGUCUCCAACAGGAAAUGGCAUUUCUACUCAGACAACGAGUUCUCGGCCUGUUCACUCCUGGUGAUGUUUGUUGCAUUUCACAUGUCGUUAUGUUUAGUGAGUUGUUUGAGCUGUUGCAUACAGGUGGUUUACUUAAAACAUCCAGCAAGAUAGAAUGAGAGGCACUGAUAUCAAAAUAAAACAAAGCUUAAUAUUUA